AAAUUUCAUGAAAAAAAUUGUGAUAUAAUUUAUUUUAAUAUUAAGUUGUUAUUAAUUAAUAUGUAGAUCUAAUUAUUUUUCAUUUGAGAAAGUAAAUUACUAUUUCAAAAAGGCUUGUGUUUUUUGAAAUCUUAUGUUAUUUUUAAAAAAUAAUAUAAAUACUUAUGAUUUAUUUUUUCUUUGUAAAUCAAUUUAGUGUUUUCAUUUCUUGAUAAUGACCAAAGUAAAAUCUAGAUCAUCAAUGGCUUUAGAGAAGAAUACAGAUAAUUCUGUAGCGAUAGCUAAGAAAACAGAUUCCAAAACAACUAAAAUUAAACAAAGUAUUGUUGGUGAUCGCUGUAAUAUAACAAUUUUAAUGUUCCUUUACACACUACAAGGUGUUCCACUUGGGCUAUCAGCAGCUAUACCAAUAAUGAUGCAGAAAAAACAUAUUACAUAUAAAGAACAGGCCGAGUUUAGUUUUUCUACAUGGCCAUUUAGUCUAAAACUAUUAUGGGCACCGAUUGUGGAUUCCAUAUUUUGUGCAAAGUUUGGUAGAAGAAAGACUUGGUUGGUACCUGUACAAUAUUUAAUUGGUCUAUUUUUGUUAUUUUUGGGAAUGAAUAUAAAUGAAUGGCUAAUUUUAACUGAAGAUCCAAACACAAUGUUUUUAACACUGAUGUUUUUUUGUUUGAAUUUUCUUGCUGCUACUCAAGAUAUUGCUGUUGAUGGAUGGGCCUUAACAAUGUUAAGAAAAGAAAAUGUAGGGUAUGCGUCAACGUGUAAUAGUGUUGGUCAAACUUUAGGUGUAUUCCUUGGUUAUGUUGUAUUUAUUACUUUAGAGUCUGCUUCAUUUUGUAAUAAAUGGUUGCGAGCUAUUGAAAGUCCUGAAGGCCUCUUAACUUUGCAAGGUUUCCUCUAUUUUUGGGGUUUUGUAUUUUUAUUUGCAACAACACUUGUAGCAAUUUUCAAACAUGAAAAAGAUCAGUCUGUCGAAGCAGAUCAUCAUCAUUUAAAUAUUGUUCAAACAUAUAAACUACUUGGUGAUAUUAUGAGAUUACCGAGUGUUAAAAGUUUGUCAAUAAUUUUAUUGACUGCAAAAGUAGGGUUUAGUGCAGUGGAUGCAGUUUCCAGUUUAAAAAUAAUAGAUAAAGGUGUUCCCAAAGAUGAUUUAGCAAUGAUUGGUUUACUCAUAAUUCCUUUGCAAAUUAUUCUACCUGUAUUAAUUUCCAAGUAUACAUCUGGAUCUAAGCCAAUGAAUGUUUAUUUAAAAUCUAUUCCAUAUAGGUUGACAAUUGGUGUAAUCAUUACCAUUUUAGUUCAUUUUACACCAUCAUUCAUAAAUAACAGUGGUCAUGUAUCUAUGUUUUAUUAUAUGUUAGUAAUGAUUUCAUUUUUCUUACAUCAGUUGACAUUAUAUUCAAUGUUUGUGUCAGUAAUGGCUUUCUUUGCUCGAAUAAGUGAUCCUAAAAUUGGUGGUACCAAUAUGACAUUAUUAAACACGUUAACUAACUUAGGAACAGCAUGGGCAAAUACUGCUGCUUUAUGGAUGACUGAUUUUUUGACAUUUAAACAAUGUUCUACUGACAGUAUGAAUACAUGUUCUACUAGUUCUGAAAAUAGUGCUUGUGAAUCAAAUAAUGGCAAAUGUGAGAUUAAAAUUGAUGGAUUUUAUGUAGAAGCAAUAUUGUGUACAAUACUUGGAAUAUUGUGGUUUUUAUAUUUUUCAAAAAUCAUUAAAAAUUUACAAAAUAAAGAUGUUAAACAUUGGCAUGUAAAUGUUAAAAAAUAUUCAUUGUUGUGAUAAAUGAUAUAUGUAUUAUUUAGUAUUAAUCGUUUUUGUUUUUUCUCUUAAUGCAACAACUUGAUGUAUCUUUUAUUGUAAAAAUAUUUUUUCUUUGUGUAAAUAUAUAAAUUUUUUACUAGGAAAUGUAUUUUUAAAAAAAAAUUGACACUGGAACUAUUUUAAUCUAAUACAAUAUCUAAUAAAAGAUA